CCGCCUCCUCCUGACCCGGCCCGCCGGCAGCAUGUCAGCUCCCGGCGUCGCCGCUCGCAGGUGACGCCCGCCCUUCCGCUGCCGCCGCUUGCCCUCCUAUAUGGGCCACCUGCUCUCGAAGGAGGCAAGGAGCCUGAGUCGGGACCGCCGCCGCCCGCGGGGGAAGGUGCCGCCGCCGCGCAGCCGGAGCUGCUUCCUGCGCGGGCCCUGCAUGCUCUGCUUCAUCGUGCACGGCGCCAGCCCGCCCGCCCCGGAGCAGCCGCUGCCCGCCGGGGACCCGUUGCUGCUGCCGCCGCCGCCCUACGUGUCGCUGACCGCCGCGGAGCAGCGCGUCGCCCGCCGCCUCUUGCGCCUGGCGCCCGCCACCUGGGAACCUCCGGGCCGCUGCCAACGCCUCUUCCUCUCCGGCCUACUGCCCUCGCCGGUGCGGGGCCUCCUGGGGCCGCCCGGUGAGGUCUCCUCCGAGAUGGUGUGCAAGCGCAAGGGGGCCGGGCUGCCCGCCUGCCCGCCCUGCAAGCAGCCGCGCUGCGCCGCCGCCGAGCCCGAGCCCGAGCCCGGCGCCUGCCAGUGCCCGGCGGAGCCGCAGCUGCUCGCCCUGCCCGGCGCCGCGGGGGAGAGCGGCGGGGGCACCGCCGGGCAGAGCGGCGAGGGACAGCCCGCCUCGUCGCCGCCUCCCGCGCCGCAGGACGAGAAGGAGCAGGGCCGGGAGGAGGAGAAGGAGCGGGGCAGUGAGGCGGGCUGCGAGGACCCGCUGGAGUACCCCGGCGACAGCUGCCGGGAGCUGCCGCCGCCGCCCACCCCGGACAUCAACCAGCUGCCACCUUCCAUCCUCCUCAAGAUAUUUUCCAACUUAUCUCUGAAUGAGCGUUGCCUUUCAGUGUCAUUAGUCUGUAAAUAUUGGCGUGACCUCUGUUUAGAUUUCCAGUUUUGGAAGCAACUGGAUCUCAGUAGUCGUCAGCAGGUGACUGAUGAGCUGUUGGAAAAAAUAGCAUCAAGAAGCCAGAAUAUUACUGAAAUCAAUAUUUCUGAUUGUCGCAAUGUGUCUGAUACAGGAGUAUGCAUAUUAGCAAUUAAAUGUCCUGGGCUCCUAAGGUAUACUGCCUACAGGUGUAAACAGCUUUCUGACACCUCUAUUAUUGCAGUUGCCUCUCAGUGUCCUCAUCUUCAGAAAGUGCAUGUGGGUAAUCAAGACAGACUCACUGAUGAAGGCCUGAAGCAGCUCGGUUCAAAAUGCAGGGAAUUGAAAGACAUACAUUUUGGGCAGUGUUACAAGAUCUCAGAUGAAGGAAUGAUCAUCAUAGCUAAAGGCUGUCUGAAGCUGCAAAGAAUAUAUAUGCAAGAAAACAAAUUAGUGACAGAUCAGUCAGUGAAAGCUUUUGCUGAACAUUGCCCUGAGCUGCAGUAUGUUGGUUUCAUGGGCUGCUCUGUUACUUCAAAAGGAGUCAUUCACCUUACCAAUCUAAGAAACCUUUCGAGCUUGGAUCUACGUCAUAUCACAGAACUGGACAAUGAAACCGUGAUGGAAAUAGUAAGGAGAUGCAAAAACCUUAAUUCUCUCAAUCUGUGUCUGAACUGGAUCAUUAAUGACAGAUGUGUGGAGGUGAUUGCCAGAGAAGGACGGAACCUGAAAGAACUGUAUUUAGUAUCCUGUAAGAUCACAGACUAUGCUCUGAUAGCCAUUGGGAGGUACAGCAUGACAAUAGAGACAGUUGAUGUUGGAUGGUGCAAAGAGAUCACGGACCGUGGAGCCACCCAGAUUGCUCAGCGCAGCAAAUCGCUCCGAUACUUGGGACUGAUGAGAUGUGAUCAGCCACAUUUUGUGUGUACAUAGCAGAAUGAUGAUGAAAGUUCUCCAAAGAGGUACUCACAAAACCCUCUUGACAGUGUUCCAUUUCACAUGGACUAGAAGGAUGUUCUUGUUCCUCUUUCCAAGAUGAACUCCUAAUUAUCAAGUGAGAAAUGUUCUCUAGCACUGACAACUACUUAAAUACUCUCUGCAAAACCACUCUGUCAUUAGAGGAAGAAGUUAAGGAGGUCCUACCCCAGAUAACAUUUGUCACAAAGUCAAGUAAAUUCUUCUGGGAAAUAGGCAAUAUGUGCUUCAGGUGUCUUUAAGCAAAAGUAUUCAAAAUUAUGACUUCUAGGGAAGUGCUCUAAUUGAGGUAAAAGAAAAUUAUACCAUUUGGUCCUGCCAUUUUCUGUAACCCAUCUUCUCCUCUGUUUUUUUUUUUUCAGUCUAUUCCUUGGCCUGGGAUAAAUUUUUAUUUCAGAAAUAAAAAAUAUUUUUCAAACCAGUCUUUGUUGUUAUUUUGUCUUUUUGUCUGAUGACCAGGAUUUGCACAAACCUAUUACUUUCAUCCUUAAUGAUAUGGGCUGCAUUCUUUCAUUAUGUGUUAAAAUAUAAUUGAAGAGCUAUUCAAAUUCAGAUGAAUGAUUAUGUAUUAGAUAAUCUAGGUAGUUUAUCUGCAGACAGUAGUCUUUCUUUUGACAUCUCAAAAGAUGAAGAUUAAUGAAAGUUCUGUGAAAGAAAAAUAUAGCAUUUACAGCAUAUUAGGAUGUGGAGAUUUUUACUUUCCGUUCAUUGAACAAGAAUGUUUAAGCUCAGAAGGGGAAAUUGCUCUGUUUGUGUAAUGAACUUAUUUUGGGAAUGACAUUCAGUACUUUUGUUUUAUCAGCAGCCAGGCUGUUCUUAACAAAGAGACAGAAGCUUGUGUUCUAAUGGCUGGGCAUAAGACUUCUUUUCAUCUUAAUCUUACCACUAGGGAAAUGAUGACAAGGAUACUUACAAAGUUGACUUAGAUAUUACUUUUCACAUUCAUUAGUAAGGAAUAAAAUUUUAUUUCCCUUUUUCCUAUUUUUCAGAUAGUGCAGUUUUAGUCCAAUAGUAUGGAGAGUUUUAAAUACUGAAAGUUUUUCACUGUUUUAGUGUCUGACCUGACUUCUUCAUGUCAAAGAAGAGGUAUCAAAAUCUUCUAAUAGGGUAUACUUUUUUUCUCAUCUCUGGGUCCAGGUUUUUUGUCCCACUGCCAAUUCUUUUUUCUCCUUCUACUGUGGUGUAAUCUUAUAUUGAAUUUAGUUGGGCAUAAUUUUUAACUCUUUGCUUUUUACUCUCAGGAUUAAGAACACUCUACAUUUAACUUAAAGUUACAUAUAUUCUAGCAAUUAUCAUGAAGCUUGGUAAAAUAAUUUUGUCCUUUAUUGUGGCAGUAAACUCAGUUUUUCCAACUCAAAGUAAUUUCUUUCUGUAAAUGUUAUAGUUCUAAAUACAUCCAUAGGACUUGGCAUUACUUUUCUGUUUAACAACACAUUAUAGCACAGGCUAUUGCCUAGGAUCAAACUAAUAAUUUAAAAUAUUUACUUAAUGCUCCAGUAAAAAAUUGAGAAAAGCUUCUACUCUUUAGGCUUUGGUCAUAAAACAGCUGUUUUUGUCAGUGGCACUUCUGCAAUGGUUUUAUCUGCCUUCUUCAUAUUCAUAUUGUUUAUUUUGUAACUCUAUUUGGCAAUUGAUGCCAAAAGCUUCCUUUUUCUGUUUAGAAGGUAUUAAUAGCAAAUAGCAACAAUUUUUAUAAAAUAUUAUUUUAUCUAGUAAUAAUUGUAUCAGCAAAAACUAGGACAAACAGUGCAACGUGGUUUACCAUAGAUUUCUUUGUAGAUUUUAAGGCUAAAACAUACCAUAAAACAUACCAUUGUAAUAUCCUCUGUCUUCAUGAGUGUCAUGAGCCAUGCCUAAGUGAGCCUGGUAGUAAAUGCAUCAGCUUAAACCUAGCUAGUCUCUCCCUUGUGUACAUGUCCUGAAUUCCAGUGCACCAGGACAUGGCAAGCAUUUACUACCUUCCUGUGUGUGAGCAUCAUCUUUGAAAUGAAUUCGCCUUACUUGUUUAAUAUAACAGAGAAUAUGCAUAUGAUACUGUCUCUAAAGUCAUAAUAUCCAUGCUAUCCUAACAAAUAAUGCCCAACAGGUCAGUGCUAAAUCAUAAUAACUUCUGUGUACUAGUAAUAUUUGCAGCUAUCUGGUAGAUAAAUAAUGCAUCUUCUUCGAGUUUCCCGUUAAGAAAGAGGAAAAUAGGCAGCUGUUGUUUCUAAGCCUCUUUUUUGUGCCUGAGUUAACCAUUAAGAGAAGUUUUCGGUAGUGUGAUAGAUUCUGUCAUGUGUCUCUGCAGCAUAACUCUAAUGAAAGGAGACUUUUUACUAUGUUUUGGAUAGGCAUAAAGUAGCAAAUUACUGCUACUUUAGGGAUUCUUCCCUUCCAAACAAUAUUUCUGUGAAUUGUAACUUACAGUUUGCAAGUAUAUAUUCAGCAGUAGAUAUCAAAUAUUAUGGGGGACUUGUGCUAUCUCUGAUUUCAUUUUGAUUUAUUAAAAGUCACUUCUUGUUUUUCAGCACUGAAAGACUACUGUAACAUAGCAAUUUACCAGAGAAGUACAGUUUGUGUUGUGAAGUUAAACCAGUUUUCUAUCCAAGUCAGUCUCAGCUAGAUGAAACUUCCAAUGAAGAUUGAGUAUUUCUAUUAUCAAAGUAGAAGAACUGGAUAUUAAACCUUUCAUUUAUCCUUGUCAUUGGGUGCAAUCACCGUUCAGAAGGAAGCUCUCCUUGUUAUCUUUUAAGGACAGAAAUAUUACUAGAUACUGUGGUUACCAUGCUUUAAAAUAUUAUUCUCGAGACAUAUUUUUCUAAUGGUAGUAAAUGUUUCAGUCUGGCUUUUUACUUUUGGCCUUCAGUGUGUAACACUGAGGGGAAAAAAACAAACAAUGCCAUCAAUUGUACAUGCUGCUGAUGCAAGUGGUUCAGUAACUGUAGUAUCAAUGCAUUUUAAAAUGCCCAGCUGUUCAGCAAAGAUUUCAAAGAGACCCAAGUCAUGGUUCUUAGGUUAUUCUUUUAUUUGUUGAAAGGCUGAAGAAAUCUGUUUACCUCUGUGAUAUGGAUGGCAAUCAUCUUUAAAGUAAUUGAUAAAGUAAUCCCCUCACAGCACUGCAGCUGUAAAGGUGUUAGGUUUUGCUGGGUUUGUCUGGUUACCUUGUCUUAUGAAGAACAAAGGUGCUAACUUUGAUAUCUCGGAUUUAAGAGGGACAUUCCAGACCCAAACAUCUUGUUUGUUUUAAUUAUUGAUCCCAAUUCUGAGUGUUAUCCUCACAAAAGAAGGCUAAAAUAAAAUCUUCUGCAAGUGAUGAAGACAUGCAGAACUUUAAUGUUUUAGAAAAAGGGACACAGGAGUAACUGACCUACCUGCAACAUAGAAUAACUAGUAUUUUUUCCCCGUCUUUAGUCAUGUUAUCUAUUACUUUCCAUGGCAGACCUGUUGAUAGCAACCCUACAGUACAGGUUCAUUUCAGUAAAGUUAAUUGUGGAGUUACUACUCAGCAUUUUUAAAUGUCUCUAUAACUGUACCAUAAGUUAAUUAAUAGAUGUCAUCCAUUUUCAUUUUCCAAAGACAAAAACAAAUCUCACAUUUUUAAAUGUAUGUCUGCUUGAGCAACUUUGACUAAAUAGCUUCUAUUUCAAGCUAGAAAUCUCUUACUCUGGGCAGCAUUUUGUUUAACCAGGAUUAUAAAACUUUGUCUUGGUUUGAAAGACAGGUGUCUGCUAACAAAGGCAGGAGCCUCCCUUGGAAUGGAAAAUGUAAAUCCC